GAGGACAGAAGCUCAAAUGUGCCCAAUACUUGCAGUCCAGCGUCACGCAAAGACCAGAACAGAGGGAGUGAGACGGAGUGAAAGAGAGAGUGAGCCGAUAGUACGGUUUGGAGUGAACCCUCAUUCCAUCUCACAGUGGGUAUAGGUCGAUGAGGACCAGAUCGAUUGAUUAUGGCUUCCUCAUGCAGACGUCCUUGCCUUCCCUCAUAAAUACCUGUUAUUAAACGUGGGUGACUUCUGGCUGCCUGAUUUAUGUCGCUUCAUCGUGGUAAAAGGCUGGUUGGUGCAGCUCCAAGAUGUUGCUCUCUUGAAUGCCCAUAUCCUAUCGGUGGGUUAUCAUUAUUUAAGUAUUACCUUUGAAUUAAUUUAAGCUUUUCCAAAGUAUGCAGUCGUGGAAUCGAAUAUCGAGCCAAGAAGUCGCUGCCUGCUUUCACUGAGGGCGUUAUAAAUCAGAGGGGGACGACGAACUUGAAGAUUCAAUCGAUCCACUUCAUAGAAAUCUGACAAGAUGGGGAUUCUGGAAGAGAUGCGGAUGGAUGAGAACAAAUUUGUGACCUUGCUCGGCAACCUCAUCGGGGAGGCCAAGUAUUUGCAGAAUAAUCCGCCCGAUCUGAUUCCCAAGGAGGACAGAGCUGUUCAGCAUGUACUGCAUAUCUUGGAGCCUUUCAGUGUCGAGAACGGUGGACCUCUGAAGAUUAACCAUAAGAGCUAUGUCGAAGGCAGGGGGAACCUUAUCGUUGAGUAUCCCGGGACUGUUGACAAGAAAAUCGUCUCCUUCGUGGGUAGUCACAUGGACGUCGUCACAGCAAACCCAAACGAUUGGAAAUUCGAUCCUUUUUCUUUGACCCGCGACGGAGAUAAGCUGCAAGGAAGGGGCACUACGGACUGCUUGGGUCAUGUUGCCCUGAUUACUGAGCUGUUUCGACAGCUAGCAGAGAAGAGGCCGGUAUUAAAGAGCACCGUUGUAGCGGUGUUCAUUGCCAACGAGGAGAAUUCUACCACCUUGAAUGUUGGUGUGGAUGCCCUUGUGGCAGAUGGACUACUGGACCACCUCAAAAAUGGACCCCUAUUUUGGAUAGAUGUGGCUGAUAAGCAGCCUUGCAUAGGUACGGGUGGUAUGCUUGUAUGGAAACUGAAAGCAUACGGAAAGUUGUUUCACAGCGGCCUUCCUCAUCAGGCUAUCAAUCCCAUGGAAUUGAUGAUGGAAGCGUUGAAGGUUAUACAAGAUCAAUUUUAUAAAGAUUUUCCUGGUACAGAGAAAGAAGAUGAAUAUGGCUUUGCCACUCCAUCCACAAUGAAGCCCACCCAAUGGUCUUAUCCUGGCGGAGGUGUCAACCAAAUUCCCGCUGAAUGCGAAAUUCGUGGAGACUGCAGGAUCACUCCAUUUUACAGUGUCGCAGACGUAGAAGCGAAGAUCCGAGGAUACGUUGAUCAUAUCAAUGCACACAUUGAGGAUUUGCCAACACGUGGCCCUGCAUCAAAAUAUGUCCUGCCUGCUGAGAACUUGAAGGGCAGAUUGGAAAUUGAGUUCGAUGACAUGAAGCCUGCAGGCAUCGCGUGUGAUCUAAACUCUAAAGGAUUCCACGCCCUUUGCGAUGCAACAAAGAAAGUGAUCGGCCAUGUCAAACCCUAUUCUAUCACCGGUUCUCUUCCCCUGAUUUUUGAAUUGCAGGCGGAAGGAUUCGAUGUGCAGACUAUUGGUUAUGGUAUGAUGUCAACAUAUCAUGCAAACAACGAAUAUUGUCUCUUAUCAGACUUCCAACAAGGGUUCCAAGUUCUAGCAAAUGUCAUUGCAAUACUGGAGGAAUAGUUUACUGCUUAGUGUGGGUCUAUUUUGGUCGGAGAAAGCUGUCAGCCGCAUUGAAGGAGAAAUAAUGAAGCAGUUCGUGAGCAGCCUAGUUCAAGGAUAUGAAGUCGAAGCAAAGGACACCUUAGACAAAGAAUGUGAUAAUCUAUACGUAGGUCCGUACUGCAGUUAAAUCAAUCCAGCUGUAGAAGAAGGCAGUGAGUCGGAAAGAUGCACCUCCAGUCUGCUAUGCAGGAAUUCCUAUCGCAGCCUUCUAUGUCACCAGUCGUGUACAGUGCUUUUUUAUUGUAUAUCCAAAUCUCCUUCUGUCUGUUGGAACUUGUGGCCUAACCAAAGCUUUGUAUCAUGCAGUGAAUAGGACCAUAACAUGGUCGAUCCAACAGGGUCCGCCUAAUGUUCUCAUCUUACUUUCAUAUAAGUGA